AUGUGGCUCCCGCUGUUGGUGAUAAUAUUGGCUCUGCUCUUCCUCUACAGAUGGCACAGACAGAGCCAGAUACUGGAGAAUCUCUCAGAUAAAUAUGUGUUGAUAACAGGAUGUGACUCUGGAUUUGGGAACCUCCUGGCGAAGCAGCUGGACCGGCGUGGAAUGCGAGUACUGGCAGCAUGCCUGACAGAGAAAGGAGCUGAGAAUCUUAAAAAGGAGACAUCCAGCAGGCUUCAGACGUUCAUUUUGGAUAUUACUGAUAGCCAGAGAGUGAGCUUCACUGCCAAAUGGGUUUCUAAUAUAGUGGAAGAUGCAGGACUGUGGGGUCUAGUGAAUAAUGCUGGAUUUGGGCACGCAUUUGGCCCCAAUGAAUGGCAAAAAAAGGAAGAUUUUGCUAAGGUGCUAAAUAUCAACUUUCUGGGUUUGGUGGAUGUGACGCUCAACUUCCUACCUCUCAUCAGAAAAGCUCAGGGGCGCAUUGUUAAUGUUUCAAGCAGUAUUGGAAGAAUAGCUAUAGUUGGAGGUGGCUACUGUCCUGCAAAAUAUUGUGUUGAAGCAUUCUCUGACAGUAUUCGAAGAGAAAUGCUGAAUUUUGAUGUCAAGGUUUCCAUCAUAGAGCCUGGUGCAUUCAAAACCCUAAUGAGUGAUAGUGAGAUGCAUUUAAAAAACUUGAAGCGUUUGUGGGAAAAUGCCCCUGCUGAGAUUAAGGAGGCAUAUGGAGAACAGUUUUACCAGCAAUGUAAGGAAUUUUAUCUUUACAAUUGUAAAUAUUACAACAUUGUAAGUAGUAAUCUUACAAACUGUUCCAGUGCCAAGUUAAAUGAGGUCACAGACUGCAUGGAACAUGCAUUGACUGCUGUUUACCCCUGGACUCGAUACUCUCCUGGUUGGGACAGCAAGUUCAUCUACCUUCCUCUUUCCUAUCUCCCAACAGCCAUAUCUGACUAUAUUUUAAGUCGUUCUGCUCCAAAACCAGCUCAGAGAAUAAAGUAA